AGUGCAGCGAGGACAACCCCUGCGAGGGCCUGAGCCGGCACGCCACCUUCACCAACUUCGGCAUGGCCUUCCUCACGCUGUUCCGCGUGUCCACGGGCGACAACUGGAACGGCAUCAUGAAGGACACGCUGCGGGAGUGCGCCCACGAGGACAAGCACUGCCUGAGCUACCUGCCGGCCAUCUCGCCCGUGUACUUUGUGACCUUCGUGCUGGUGGCGCAGUUCGUGCUGGUCAACGUGGUGGUGGCCGUGCUCAUGAAGCACCUGGAGGAGAGCAACAAGGAGGCGCGGGAGGACGCGGAGCUGGACGCCGAGCUCGAGCUGGAGAUGGCGCGGGCCCGCCCCGCCUGCCCCCCGCCCACGGCCUCCGAGAGCCCCGAUGCCCCUGGCCUCCUGGUGGUGCGGAAGGUGUCCGUGUCCCGCAUGCUGUCCCUGCCCAACGACAGCUACAUGUUCCGGCCGGUGGCCCCC